AUGAAGCUCAACAUCUCCUACCCGGCCAAUGGGUCUCAGAAGAUCAUCGAGAUCGACGAUGAGCGCAAGCUCCGUCCCUUCAUGGAGAAGCGCAUGGGAACCGAAGUCCCCGGCGACUCCCUCGGUGACGAAUUCAAGGGUUACCUCCUCAAGAUCACCGGUGGUAACGACAAGCAAGGUUUCCCCAUGAAGCAGGGUGUUCUCCUUCCUACCCGUACCCGUCUCCUCCUCGCUGAGGGCCACAGCUGCUACCGCCCCCGCCGCACCGGUGAGCGCAAGCGCAAGAGUGUCCGUGGUGCCAUCACCGGUCAGGAUCUCGCCGUCCUUGCCCUGAGCAUCGUCAAGCAGGGUGAGGGUGAGCUCCCCGGUCUCACCGACACCGUUGUCCCCAAGCGCCUCGGCCCCAAGCGUGCCACCAAGAUCCGUCGUUUCUUCGGUCUCGACAAGAAGGAUGAUGUCCGCAAGUUCGUCAUCCGCCGUACCGUCACCCGUGAGGGCAAGGCCGACUACACCAAGGCCCCCAAGAUCCAGCGUCUGGUCACUCCCCAGCGUCUCCAGCGCAAGCGCCAAAGGGUUGCCCUCAAGCGCCGCCGCGCUGAGGCUGCUCGCGAGGCUGCUAACGACUACGCCAAGCUCCUUGCCAGCCGUGUCCACGAGGAGAAGGCCAAGCGUGACGAGCUCCGCAAGCGCAGAGCCUCUUCGAUGAGAAAGUAA